GGGAGCCAUGGCAGGAGCUAUGGUGCGCAUUGGUGACCAGCUCAUCCUGGAAGAAAAUUACGAUGAGACGUACAUUCCCAGCGAGCAAGAAAUCCAGGAUUUUGCACGGGAGAUCGGGAUUGACCCUGAGAAGGAGCCAGAGCUGAUAUGGCUGGCCAGGGAAGGCAUCGUGGCCCCGUUACCGCCCGAGUGGAAGCCCUGCCAGGACAUCACUGGUGAUAUCUACUACUUCAACUUUGCUAACGGCCAGUCCACGUGGGACCACCCCUGUGAUGAUCACUACAGAGAGCUUGUCGUUCAGGAGCGAGAGAAGCUGCUGGCGCGUGGCGGCUUGAAAAAAAAAGAUAAGAAGAAGAAGAAAGAAAAGAAAGAGAAGAAAGACAAGAAGGAGAAGCAGUCACUGAAGCGACCCACCCCCUCAGGCACCCUGCUAGCACCCGUCCAGGCGCCCCUGGGGAACCUCGCCCCGCUGCGUGGCCUUGCGGCGUCUCCGGCCGGCAUCCUUCGCGGGUCGCUGCACUCGGACGUGGGGAGCUCGCUGGACUCCAGCCUCGCGGCCAAAGGAGGAGCGCAGCCUGCAGAGACCUGUAAGCCCCCCAGCCAGACCAAGAAGUUGCUGGGCUUGGUCUGCGAAGAGAAGAGUUCCUUGAACACAGCGGCCCUAGGUGAAGGGAGAAACGAAGAGGAAGAAAGCGGGAGUGAGAGUCUCCGUGGGGCAGCACGACUGUUGAAAAACCUGCACGUGGAUGUCAGCGCCCUGGGAGGCAGCUUUGACUCUGAGGAGGACAGCAAAGCAGAGGAGGAAAACCGCGGCAGCCGGUUAGCUGAUGUCGCUGAAGCUGAUCUCCAGCACCGAAGGAGUCCUGCGGAGGAAGCUGGCAGCCUGAGAGAGGAGUCUUUAAAAUCAAGACACGCUGAAGAAGGGCGAGAGUCUUCCUUGGAUUCUGACGCUGCGUGCCCUCCGACUCCAGUUCCAGUCCUUCCCGGAGAUGCUGACAGUAGCCUGUCUGGCCAGAACAAGGAGGAGUCCGAUGGGAAACUCGCUGGGAAUGAAAUACUGGGCAAGGGAGAUGCUGAGGUGGAAGGUGACAUCUCCGCAGCUGAUGAGCUGCCACGGUCUCCGGGGGAGAGGAGCGCAGCAGGGACAGAGGUGCCCGGCGGUCCUGGGCAACCUCGAGUUGCGUCUCCAGCUGCUGAAGCUGCUGAGGCAGAUCAGCUGGCGAGCCUGGCUGCCACUGUCGACACCGUGUCUGUUGAUGAAAAGAUAGUGAACGAAAUGAGGGAAGAAGCGGCAGCUGAUCUGAAAACAGACAGCAGGCUGGAUGCUGGCAAACUUUCGAAGGCAUCCGAGACCAGCGACUGCGCGGAGGACUUGCAAGUUUCUAACCGCUCGGACCGUGAGCUGAUUCAGCCUAUGGACUUGGGUUUCCAGAGUCGGCUUUCUGAGCAGGUCCUGGACGCGGGGGUUCUGUCUCCUGUUCUGGACGGCCCCACGUGCAAGGCCCAGGAGCUGGGAGAAGAGGAAAAAGACCAAAGCAAAGCCAGUAUAGAGGAAGAGCAAAGCAAAAGAACAAAAGCUGCUGAGAGGCAACCUGAGAAGGAGAUCAAGCAUGAGCAGUCCUUGAACCAGCCUAGCGAAGAAUCCCUGGAGGGAGUAGCCAAGGAGCUGGAGCUGGAGCUCGAGCAAGAGAAAAUGCAUUUAUUGCAAGCGAAGAAGGAGAAAGUUCAGCAAUUCCAGGAGGAGAUGAGGCAGCAGGAGGAGGAGGAAGCUCAGAAGCUUCAUCAGCAAAAAGAAAAAUCCCUCAGGGCUCUGAAAGAAGAUUUGGCAAAGGUUUCUGAGGAGGAAGAGUUGCGUGCCAGAAAGGAAGAAACUGAGAGACUCUCAAAGCUGCGAGCCAAAAUCACCUCGGAGACCGAGGCGGAGGAGGAGAAGAUAAGGGCAGAGCAGGAGGUCGCGCUGCAGAAACUAAGAGAAGAGUGGGAAUCCCUGCAGGCAGUGGAGAAGGAGAGCCUGGAGAGGAAGCAGCAGCUUGUUUUGGAGAAAAUGAAGCUGGAAAUGGAGGAAGCUCAGCAGAAGGAGAUGAUCGGGCUGGAACGAGAGAAGGAACAAUUCCUGAGUGAGCUCAAGGAGAGAUUAGACAGGGAAAAGAAGAAGGCAGUAGAAGAGCUGGAGAAACAGUGUGCAAAUGAACUCCAGCAGCUGAAAGCUGCAGCAGAAGAGAAGCAUCGUAAGGUCAUUUCCAGCCUGCAAACCCAGAUAGCAGAGGCACAGAGGAGCGAGGAGGCUCGGCUGCGUGACGACUUGCAGAGAGCAGAGCAGAAAGUGCAGCAAAAAGCAUGUCGAGUAACAGAAUACGAAUACGAGCUCAGCGAGCUUAUGAGAGAGAAACGCCAGGAAGUGGAAAAAGACCAUGAGAGAAAAAUGGAGAGGAUGAAAGAGGAGCACCGGCAGGUCCUAGCACGGAUUCGGGAUCAGUAUGAGGAGGAGGAGAGAAAGCAAAGAGCAGAGCUGUUUGAAGGCCUGCAAAGUGAGAUGGUGCGCCUCCGACAGCUUCAUGAAGCGGAGGCGAAAGCUCUGCAGGCAGAGCUGGAUGAGCGGCUUGCUGCAUUGCAGCGCAGGCACAGGGAGAAGGAAAGAAAACUCCAGGAUUCGGAAAACGAGCUUGAAAUGCGCACGAAGAAUGUCAAAGCCAGAUCGGUGCAGCUCCUUAGCCAGGAGGAGUCUCUGAGAAAGAAAAGGCAGCAGCUGCUGGAUGAAGACAGACGGACUGAGCUAGAAAGAGAUGAAGCUGCUGUCGCUGCUCAGCUCCGCCUAGAGGAGAACAGGAAGGAGCACGCCAGCCUCCUUGAGUCCAUCCGGCAACUGCGUAGGUCUCUUGAAGAGCUGCAGGACCAGAAAGCUGAGCUGGAGGCCCAGGUGGACUUGCUGCAGACCCGAAGCCAGAGGCUGCAGAAACGCAUCAGUGAGCUGGAGGCAGCCGUCAGGAGCAAACAGGAGACUUUGAAAGAACUGGAGGCAGAAGAAAGUGUGGAAUCUCCAAGAAGGAAAGCUGAGCUCCGUGUUGAAGACCUGAGAGAAGCUGCUCAAGCUCACUCGUCCAGAGAGCCUGCUUCCCCGCCCUCUCAAAGCCAUGAGGACAGCAACUUCCAAUUUGAUCACGUCAGGAGCUACAUCUCUGCAGAAGGGAUCUCCAUCAGGAAUGCCAAGGAGUUCCUGGUGCGCCAGACCCGCUCCAUGAGGAAGAGGCACACGGCACUGAAAGCUGCAAAGCAGCAGUGGCGCCAAGAUAUGCAGAAGGCACAGGAGGUGGUGCAGGAUCCUGACAGCUCCCAGCUCCUGGAGGGCGUGCGCAAGAACCUGGAAGAGGAAGCAAAGCAGUUGGACAAGAUGAAGUCGGCUAUGCGGAAAGGACAGGUGCUGCUGAAGAAGAAAGAAGAGAAACUGAGCCAGCUGGAGUCCUCGCUGCUGGAGGAGCUUUCGGACGAAGAUACGCUGAAGAGCGCUGCGUGCAAGAAGAUGGUGACUUUUGAUCUCAGCAGCUCUGAGGACACGAACAGCACAUCCAGUGUAAAUCUACGUCAGCCUAAAUUUGAUUUGAGAACCGAUUUACAGCCUCCCCCCCAGCUGGACAAGAUCCAGUACUUGACAGACUCUCUGCAGCGCAUCACUAGUGAACUGAACGGGGUCCUCGGCGUCUUGGGCUCCCUGAACAAUCGCCAGUCUCCACUCUUCGCCUCGACGCCCUGCGACGGCGUCCCUCUGUCUACAUAUGCCUCCUUGGCGGGCCUUCAGGCAGGUGGCUCCCUGGUGCCCCCCGCCGGGGUGUCUCUGGUAGACCAGUGGGCCUGGAGCACUGGGCUGAGCUCUAGUCGCUCUUUCGUAGCUGGACAGUCAGUGGACAGCAUCCUGGCAGAGAAAUGGCGCGAGUAUUUCCCAGGUGGGUUCCCGUCGCUCGGUGGAAGCUCCAAGCCUCUGGGCAACGAGCUGGGAUACGUACCUGCAGAUGAGCAAAUACGGCUGUUCCAGCACUCCCAGUUCCAGAGCCGUGAGUCAGGCAAGAGGAGUAUUCAAGGAAUGAUUGAGACCAACAAGAAAUGGCUAGAAGACUUCAAGAGGGAUUCAAAAGCAUCUCUCUUCCCAGGUGCACAGAAGCCCCCUGCCAGCAGCCCCAGCCUACUUCAGCUAGGGCUGGAUGAAAACAGACAAAUUAAAGUGUACCACUACUAACAGGCGGGACUUGGCUCGGGAGAGACGGUGGCUGGGGCCCGUGCGGUCUCCCUAACGAGAUACGGUGGGUUUCAGCGAUGCCCAGCCAUCUCCGCCGUGUCCUUGUGCUGCGCCCUUGAAACAAAGUCUCCUUGCCAGAGAGCGGAGGAAGGAGGAAGUGAGCUUCCCAGGUGGAUUCUUCUAAUCCUGUAAUGUGUCCAAAUAUACUUUAUAGACUGUUUAAUCCAGUGGUGAAAUAUCAGGGCUUCAAU